GAGGCCAGUGACAGUUGGGAGGGGGAGUUGAUGGAGAGCUCGCUGAGGGGACAGAGAGAGGUGUGCUGGUGCUGCGUACUCGGUGCGGCAUUAACAGCUGUGGUAACCGCUCCGUACCUGCAUCUGAUGACAAAGUUAAGCUGAAUUACCCCGAACAGACUCCGGUGUGUCCCGCUGAGCUUGGAGAGUGAGUCCAGUGUGGAGAUCCUUAUCCGAGCUCCAGAGAAGAUGUCAUCGCUGACGCUGAUGACGGGGGCGGUAGCGGAUCCCUCCCUCUGACUGCCUGCUGUAAGAUACUUCUAGCGGGAACGCCUUCAGGAAAGUGUCUUGGAGGUGACUGACAUUCAUAGAUGGAGACUCUGCCCGACAAUACUUCCCCAUCUGAAGUGACGAGCCUUAACUCGGCAAACGGUAUUGGUAUUAAUUCUUUGUGUGCAAUCUGUGGUGACCGAGCAACAGGAAAACAUUAUGGGGCUUCUAGCUGUGAUGGAUGCAAAGGAUUUUUCAGAAGGAGUGUCAGAAAGAACCACAUGUACUCCUGCAGAUUCAACAGACUAUGUGUGGUUGAUAAGGACAAGCGGAAUCAGUGUCGAUACUGUAGACUGAAGAAAUGUUUCCGGGCUGGAAUGAAAAAAGAAGCUGUACAGAAUGAACGAGACCGUAUAAGCACAAGGAGAUCUAGUUAUGAAGACAGCAGCUUGCCUUCUAUCAAUGUAUUAAUUCAAGCAGAAGUCUUAUCACAACAGAUAACCUCAUCAGUGAGCAUGCUAAACACGGACAUCAGGGGAAAGAAGAUUGCUAACAUCACAGAUGUGUGCGAUUCCAUGAAGCAACAGCUGUUGGUUCUUGUGGAAUGGGCCAAAUAUAUCCCGGCAUUUUGUGAACUUCCACUAGAUGAUCAGGUGGCGAUGUUACGAGCACAUGCAGGAGAGCACUUACUUCUGGGGGCUGCAAAGAGGUCAAUGAUUUACAAAGACAUUUUACUCCUAGGUAAUGACCGAGUGGUACCAAGAAAUUGCUCAGAACUUGAAGUGGGUCGAGUGGCUGUCCGAAUACUUGAUGAGCUGGUACUUCCAUUCCAGGACCUUCAGAUUGAUGAUAAUGAAUAUGCCUGCUUAAAGGCCAUAAUAUUUUUUGAUCCAGAUGCCAAAGGAUUAAGCGAUCCCACGAAAAUCAAGAGGAUGAGAUACCAGAUCCAAGUGAGCCUGGAGGAUUACAUCAACGACAGGCAAUAUGACUCCAGGGGCAGGUUCGGGGAGCUGCUUCUCUUACUCCCCACUCUGCAGAGCAUUACCUGGCAGAUGAUUGAGCAGAUACAGUUUGUCAAACUCUUUGGAAUGGCCAAGAUUGAUAAUUUGCUACAGGAAAUGCUGCUAGGAGGGUCAGCAAAUGAAGCCCCACACUCUCAUCACCCACUACAUCCUCAUCUGGUCCAGGAGCAUCUAGCAACAAAUGUUAUAGUAGCUAACAACACUGUACCUGUUCAGCUGCAUAAUGGACAGAUGUCCACACCGGAGACCCCGCAGCCAUCCCCACCGGCAGGCUCAGGUGCAGAGCAAUACAAACUAAUCCACGGAACCAUCUCUGCUGUAUCUAAGCAGCCAACCUCCAUUCCACAGCCCACCAUCACCAAGCAGGAAGCCAUGUGAACCAUUUCAAUCAUCAGCUGAAAAAAUAUGAACAGAGGAGCAAAAAAUAGACUGAUUGAUUAAAGCCAUGCCAAAGAUAAGCACAAAGACUGUAUUUGUCAAAGCCUGAACAGACAAGACCAGGCCUUUAUGGCUGUAACGGGUUCAUUCUGCCUUACGAAAGUGAUAUUUUUGUAUAGUUUAAUGUCUUGGGGUUUAUUGUUUUUUGUUUGUUUUUUUUGUACUCCUGUUUAGCUCCUUAAAGCUUUUAUGUAUUAUAUUAGAAAUAUUUUGAAUAGAGAGAGAUGGUAUGGAUACAUUUAAUUGUAUGUUUGUUUACUAAGUGAUUGGUGUUUUUAAAGUGUACCCCUCACUUACAUACAUUGAAGGCCGCCAUUUUUGUGGGCUGAUCUCUUAUUGCACUUAUUACUUCACUACAACCUGGUGAUAUCAUCGAAUCUUGAGGUACAAAGUGAUAUCGAUAUUUACCAGUGAAUUGAUAGGAUGCAUUGUCAUAAAUUUUGGCUCAGACCACAACAUGUCUGUCUCACUAUCUGCAGUAAUUCCGUAAAGCUCCGCUAAUUGGUUACAGCACUGCUUUUUUUUUUUUGUUGCUUAUUGCAAAAACCGAUUGAGGUUUAGUCAUCUUGAUGUCUGGCAACAGUGUAGCCAGCAUUCUUCUCUGGAUAUCAGAAGUGGUUAGUUAUCUAGUAUUUGAACAACAUGAUUCACUUCAUAUGACACCUUUGGAGGUCCAGGUCAAUGACGACAAUGGAUGAAACAAGAAUUAAAUAAAGUUAUACAUAACAAAUAGGUGACAUCACUUUCAGUGUGGGAUAAGUAUUGGUUACAGGGAGGGAGUUGUCAGUAAAUAAAGGCUUAUUAUAUUUUCUAGCCUAAAGCAAACCAAGGGGGUUAUAUCAUAAAGCAAAUAUGGGGGACAGAACAGCACUUUUCCACUGUUUUCUACAUCGUUGACUCUUCUCAUCUGCUAACUAUAUAUGUUAGUGUGAGACAAAAACAAACCGUUUUCUCUACGUAAAGGUUGUUAUUAACUGUACAGUUAAAUUAGGAACAGGACAAUUCAACGCUGUCUUCUGAAAGACUGGACAUUCCCCCAAUAACGAAUGCAAACACAAUGUACCUUCGGAUUUAAUGUGAAUACAAUGUGAUUUUGGAACAUCCCUCUGAGAAAGGAAGUUCAAGUGGCAAGUGUUCGUGGUGUGGUCACAUGAUUCACAUCAUCAUGACCCUGAGCCCACUCUGCUAGAAAGGGGGGACAAGGAGAGAUUCAUAAAAGUUGCUCUGAUUUAUACAGUAUGGAGGUGCUUGCUGCAAGUAAACCUAAUUAUUAAUACUUUAAUUACCACAUUUACCACAUUUAACAGUGAAUAUCAAUGUACAAUAAGGUUGUAAAAUAUAUUAUUUUUUAAACUCAACUCUCAAGGAGGAUGCGAGCAGGGUUCUUAUUAUGGGCGGCACUAUACAUAGCAAUUGCAUUAUACAGAUCUUCCAACAUUUAGAUACAAAAACAGGAUAAGUGCCGGCCCCAAUGUGCAUGAACCCCUUCCAAUCUGCCCAAACCCCAUAUCUGUUCACCCAAAAACGCUACUUUCUACUUUGUGCAAAUCUCUGACCUUUUUUACGUCUGUGAAAUAGACAGUCCCACCAAAAUCUAUACAUUUGGGAGGUAUGAACAUAUUGGCUGUGGCAUAUACAAAAACUGAAACACCUCCCAGUAAUAAUGUGAUCUUAGAGAAAUACUCUUUACCUAUACUUUUAUAAAAAAUUGUCUUGCUCCCUAAAUUCCUCCUUUCACAUAGGUGACAUUAAAGGAGAAGUCAAGUAUUUGCUUCAGUCAAAAUAACUGUAAUACAUUAUUAAUUACUAACUAUUUAACUGUGUUUUAACAGAAGAAAUACAUGCUCUUUUUAAGCCUGCAUGUGGGUAUGUAUAAUCAAUCAUUUGAAGUAAACAGUAGGUCUUUUAUUAAACUGCUGUCUGCCUGAAAAUAUUGCAUUAAAGAAUAUCAUCUUAAAUAACUACAGUUUCACAGAGCAAAGACAGCCAUUUUGUAAAAUGAAAAAUAUUCAUUAGAUAAAAGCUUAUCAAUUUAUAAGGAACCAGUAAAAUCUCUGAGGCAUGUCCUUGAACCCAGGGUAGUGUGACAGAACUAUUUUUGAUAAGACAUGCGUCAGUAUAUCAAUCUGAAUCACAUAGUGGAGUUUUAUAUGUUCCAAUAAGAAAAAAACAAGAAAUACUAAAUAUUUUUAGCAUUGCUAUUCGACUGCCCACACAUUUUGUACCAUGUUUUCACUGCCAUAUUUUAUAAAGAGACAUCAUUUUUGUUAAGAGUAAUUCUAAAUAUUCUGCUGGUAUAUUUCUGUUUCUGUUAACCUAUAGUGGUUAUAGGAAGAAGAAAAAAGCGAGUUUAUGCAAAUGGAAUGGCCUUCUCCAUUUGGCAGAGCAUCAUGGGAGAUGCAGUUAGUAAGUUGUGUCAUGACCAAGAUACAGCUGCCAGAAUUGUAAUAAUCUGUGCCAUUGCAAAUGUAGAUAUGUGAUAUUUUCUGUAAUUUAUUUUCCCCUAAUGACUGCACUGUUUAAAUUAUUUUGUAUAUUUAACUGAUUUAUUGGAAAUUUUGAAUUUUCUAAGUUGAUAAUUAAUAAGCAUUUUAUAUGAAAUGUCAUGAUGUGGCCUUUUUACAUCUGCCUUUUCAUUGUGUUACUAAAACUAGACGUGUAUAUUUUAUGUGUAAGUGUUUAACCUAAUUCUCAGUGUAACCAUCUUUUCAUUGGAGGAGGAAUAGGUUUCCUGCCACUAGUUUGUUAUAAAUAAAUGACAUGUUUUAUAGAA